UCAGUAUGGCGCCAACUUUACAAACCUCGUCAUUGGCAUUUCGGUGGGCAGCGAAGACAUGUAUCGCAUUUCGGACAGCGGCAUAAAGAAUAAAGCUGGUGUCGGCCAAGGCCCCACGACAAUGGUCAAGUUCAUCCAAGAAGUCCGUGAUAACCUAAAGGGGACCCCGCUCAGCAAGAUCCCCGUUGGCCAUGUUGAUACGUGGAGCGCGUGGGGAAACAAAUCGAACAAGGCGGUGAUUGACGAAGUGGACUUUGUCGGGACGAACCUAUUCCCCUACUACGAAGACGACAAGGGCAACGCCAUCUCCAACGCAACAGCCGUGUUCAACUACGCCCUCAACAGCACGAAGAGUGCGGCGGGGAAGAAGCCCAUCUGGAUCACCGAAACCGGGUGGCCUCUCACCGGUCCAGACUUUGGGCAGGCCAAGGCCUCACUCGAUAAUGCACGAGAGUUCUGGAAUACUAUUGGGUGUACGCUGUUUGGUCGAACAAACGUCUGGUGGUACGAACUGCACGAUUCGAAUCCGGACAAUGCGGCCAAGUUUGGUAUCACCAAAGACCUAUCCACGACGCCGCAAUUCAACCUAACGUGCUCUGCAAACUCUGGGGCUCCCGCCUCGAUUAACAACAAACCCACCUCUGUGGGGAACAUUUCUACGGUCACUCUUGUGAACUCCCUGGUGGUUGGACUAUCGAUGCUCUUCGCUGUCGCAGCCUGGGCUGUGUAGAAGUGAGUUGGGGGAUUUGGCGAACAA